AUGCUUUCCAGAGUUCCUCGAAGGGUGGAACUUCGUGUUCUUCGACCGGGCCAGGCUGCAGAAUUCUUUAUGCACAACCUUAAUGCACUUUUCGCAGAUGUGACGUUUGAAAAGGCAGAAACGUGCAAAAUGCCGUUCGCCGCACGGCCAACAGGCUGUAGGUGGCUUGUUCGAGGCCAUUUUGGACGGUUUGCUUCAGCUAGCAUUGCCAGCAUUUUUCACAACGUGAACGGCAUCGGAUGGUGCAGUGCGACACUGUUCGAUCAGGGCGGUGUGGUGCUUCAAAGUGAGCAAUCGCUUGCAUUCGCCAACAAAAGUCUAGAGUCAAAUUUGGGUCUUGAUCAA